AUGAGUAAGCAGCCACACUUGGGUAUACUAUGCGUGGAUGUUAGCGAACUGCUGAGGGUAAGUGCGCGCCGGAAGGUGACGCGGCGUGAUAACAUGCUGCUCUACAAAGGCUCAUACCUCAUCACGGACCCUGUGCCCUGGACGCCGCGGUCGACCUCCACACGUAGCCAGUCCAACUCUCCGGCCCAUGGGAGCUCCGUCAGUAGCUCAAGGACAAGGAAGAGCAGAAAAUAUCGGUGCAGUCACCGCAGUAGGGCGAGAAGGAGCGGCAGCAAGAAUAGGAAAGAAAAAGACCACCUUAACGACGAUUUUUUGGAGGAGGGAGUACCAAUUAAAACUGACGCCGCUCCCGCUCAGGGCCGAAGGGGUGAAAUCAGCGUUGCUGGUAGCUGCAGUAGUGGGGUGAAUGUUAGGAGACGGAAGUUGCCCGUGAAAAGACUGGCUGGUGGUGCUCAUGGUGCCAUCUCCCCCGUGUCCGCGUGGGUCGACGGUCGGCAGCUAUCGCCAUUGUCGGGUGACCCUAAUGACAGCGUCUCGGGGUCUUCUUCCACAAUGCCUCCGGCUUUGCUGCUGGAGGAACAGCGGCUGAGGCAACAAGAUCCCCGGGAGAGGGCAGAGACGCCAUCACCACGGCCGCCCUCAUCACAAAAAGAAGAGGAGAAGCAACAUCGGUUUCCUGAUGUUUCGUCAACGCUGUCGGAGUUUGCCAGAGAGAAGCUGAACUUUCUUAUGAAAUCCCCUCCGGGGCGCACUUUUGACAAUGCACCGGCACCCCGCAAACUGUCGCUGAGCGUCGAAAUGAUCAGCGAUCGCAACUACCAGGACAAGAGUGGAGCCGUAGAAGAUGGCUCGGAACAUGUUUCUCUGGCAAUGGUGGGCACAUUGGGCGCCGCAGCUGUCGCUCCUACUCCCGAUCCAUGGGGAGCACCACCUCCGCCGCGCGCAAAAUCAAACAUGCGUCAGCUGAAAAAUUUUACAGAAUCAGGUGCUCAUUCUUGUUUAAUGCGUGACGCUCGCGGAGUGGAACGAGUGAUGAUUUUGGGUGCCGUACCAAUGCUGCCGAGGCCCGUUGCGAAUUUGCCUUUUGCAGCACGUGGACGGGCGCCAGGGGUGGCAUUGCCGCCUGUAUUUAGACGGGCUGCGCGUGUCGUGGCAACUCCCACGAAGAGGCCGAAACGUUUCUGA